AUGAAAUUUCUCGUCCGAGGCCUUCUUAUAUCGUUCUCGGGAACACGGUACGUAGUGACGGUCGAACGAAAGACGACAGCAAACGCACGGUGGCUAGCGCUCACGGCAGCAACAGGCUCGACAACGACUCGUGAAAGGGGUUGUGCAGCUCUUCUCGGCCUGCUGGAUUGCUGCGAUGGUCGAGGACGACUCGUCGGAGCUUGUUGGUCACUGCGGAGGGUCACGGCUGAGGAGCAGCGGCGCUGGAAGGACUGGUCGCGGCAGAGUUGCAGGCGGUGGUCGCUCGCCGGAGAACAGGGCCUGCUCGCGGUGGCAGGGAUCGCCGUGAAGGUGGUCGCCGGCUGCUGGGGAGAACUCGCCGGAAUUCGCGAACAGAGUCCACGAAGGGUUGCUCACGGCGCGGCAGGGCUUCUGGGGUGGAGUCACGACGCGGAGGGGCUUCUGCGGUGGUGUCGCGGCACGGCGGCGUCUGCUCCCGUUCGCGGCGAGGAGGAGCUUGUCGGACUGGCGCGCGGAGGAGCAACGGUGGUCGGAGUUGCGGGCUCGUCAGGCCUGCACGGAUUUCGCCGAUGGUUGCACGAUGAGGAGAGAGGAAAACGAUGA